GCUAAUUUCAAACUGUCGCUGCCAUGUAUAAGUUAUUGGUCGGCUUAAAAAGUUAUCUAAAAUGGCAGGAUAUACAAACGGAUAAUACAAUAUUUCGUUUGCAUAAUUCCUUUACUACAGUCCUGCUGUUGACAUGCAGUUUAAUUAUCACUGCCACUCAAUAUGUCGGUCAACCGAUCAGUUGUAUAGUUAAUGGUAUACCGACGCAUGUCGUGAACACAUUCUGUUGGAUUCAUAGUACGUUUACAAUGCCGGAUGCGUUUCGGAGACAGGUUGGUCGCGAAGUGGCACAUCCUGGUAUUGCAAACGAUUUCGAUGAUGAGGAUGCUAAAAAGUAUUACACCUACUAUCAGUGGGUUUGUUUUGUGCUCUUCUUUCAGGCCAUUGCAUGCUACACCCCCAAAUUCCUGUGGGACAAAUUCGAAGGUGGCCUUAUGCGUAUGAUUGUUAUGGGCCUGAACAUUACCAUUUGUCCGCGUGAAGAAAAAGAAGCUAAACGUGAUGCUCUACUCGAUUAUUUAACGAAACACGUUAAACGUCAUAAGAUGUAUGCGAUACGUUAUUGGCUAUGCGAAGCCCUCUGUCUGAUCAAUAUUAUUGUCCAGAUGUAUCUGAUGAAUCGUUUCUUUGAUGGUGAAUUUAUGUCAUACGGUACAAGGAUAAUGCAAUUGUCCGAUGUACCACAGGAGCAACGCGUCGAUCCUAUGGUUUAUAUUUUCCCACGUGUCACCAAGUGUAUAUUCCACAAAUAUGGUGCUUCAGGUUCACUGCAGAAACAUGAUUCCCUGUGUAUAUUGCCAUUGAAUAUUGUCAAUGAGAAGACCUAUGUUUUCAUCUGGUUCUGGUAUAUGAUCCUGUUGGCAUUGCUGAUUGGUCUUAUUGUUUUCCGUGCCUUCAUGCUCUUCAUGCCGAAAUUCCGUCCACGUCUAUUGCAUGCCCGCAAUCGUAUGAUUAGUUUGGAAACUUGCCGUAUUUUAUCACAGAAAUUGGAUAUUGGUGAUUGGUGGCUGAUCUAUAUGUUGGGUCGCAAUUUGGAUCCCGCCAUUUACAAGGAAGUUAUGACUGAAUUCUCUAAAGAAAUUGAUCCCUCAAGAUACAAUCGCAACAAGUGAUUUUG